AGCUCGUGCAGGGCGGCGCAGACGUUCAUGAAUACACUCCUCCGCAUUCCGCCGCUGUAUCCAUAGCAACAGCUUCUAGUGUAGGUCAUCCCAAGAUGGCGGACGAGGAAAGAUCCUCAGUGCUCACUGUUCCCACAGAAGCAAAGAAACGUCGAGCACCAAAAGCUCCAGAGCUUCCCAUUGUGGAAAGAAGAAACUGGCUGAUCCAUCAGCACUACAUACGCAAAGACUAUGACACCUGUAAGGGGAUCAUCAAAGAACAACUGCAGGAGACUAAUGGAAUGUGUGAAUAUGCCAUUUAUGUUCAAGCACUAAUCUUGCGUCUGGAGGGCAAGAUCCAACAGUCCCUGGAGCUGUUUCAGAGCUGCGCCAUCCUUAAUCCCAGCAGCGCUGACAAUCUCAAGCAAGUUGCGAGAUCACUGUUUCUCCUGGGAAAGCACAAAGCAGCUAUUGAAUUCUAUCAUGAAGCUGCAAGGCUCAACGAGAAAGACUGGGAGAUCAGCCAUAAUCUGGGAUUGUGCUAUUUCUUCAUCAAAGACUUAAAAAAUGCUGAAGAGCAUCUUAAUAUAGCUCUUCAGAUAAACAAGCAGGACAAGACUUUUAUGAUGCUCGGGAAGGUUCAUCUGCUGGCGGGAGAGACUGAUAAGGCCAUCGAUGUGUAUAAAAGGGCAGUGGAAUUUUCUCCGGAGAAUACUGAGCUGCUGACGACUCUUGGCCUGCUGUAUUUACAGCUUGGAAAAUACCAAAAAGCUUUUGUGCACCUUGGGAAUGCCCUCACUUUUGAUCCCAACAAUUAUAAGGCCAUCCUUGCUGCAGGCAGCAUGAUGCAGACUCAUGGGGACUUUGAUGUGGCCAUGAACAAGUACCGAGUGGCGGCAUGUGCUGUGCCCGAGAACCCCCCACUCUGGAACAACAUUGGCAUGUGCUUCUUUGGAAAAAAGAAAUACGUAGCUGCCAUCAGCUGCCUGAAGCGAGCCCACUACUUGUCUCCUUUUGACUGGAAGGUGUUGUACAACCUGGGACUGGUGCACCUGACCAUGCAGCAGUACGCCUCUGCUUUCCACUUCCUCAGUGCAGCCAUCAACCUGAACCCACGGAUGGGGGAACUCUACAUGUUGCUAGCAGUGGCUUUAACCAACUUGGAGGAUGAAGAGAACGCCACCAGAGCGUAUGAACAAGCUGUGAUAAUGGAUGAAUCCAACCCUCUGGUCAACCUAAACUUCGCCAUCUUCCUCUAUAAUCACGGUGAAAAGAAGAGAGCUCUGGACCAGUAUCAGGAGAUGGAAAGGAAAGUCAACCUGCUUCGAGAUAGCAGCAGCAGCUUUGACUUUGAUCCUGAGCUGAUGGACAUGGCUCAGAAGAUGGGGGCUGCCCUUCAAGUGACAGAGAGUCUGGUGUGGACUAAACCAGGCAAAGAUUCCAAAUCCAAACCAAACUCUGCAACAGCUACCAAAACACCUGGCGCUCCCCUCGGAACCAACCAAGCUCUGGGCCAAGCCAUGUCUUCUGCUGCAAGCUACAACAAGAACAUUCAGCUACCAACAGGAGUUUCUAAAAGCCCCUCCAUGCCCCUUGAGCCAGAACCAGAUGUGGAGAAUGCCCCAAGCCCGCCCAGUGAUCCUCCAGGCUCCCCAGAACCUGCAGAGGUAAUCAACCCCAAGCCAAAAACCUCCAGGAGGAAAACUAAGGUGGAAGAAUGAAUUAACAUUGCAGCUUCACCCUUAAGAUCACUCUGAUGUUGAAGUGGCAAAAAAAAGGUUCCUAAAUAGCAACCAAACUGUGUUUGUUGGUCAUUGUAGUCAGACAAAAGGAGUUAGAGGCCUCUGUACGAUGUCCAGACAUAUGUCCCAUACGAUCAUUGACUUAACACUGAAAAGGGCAACAUCAAUGUGCACCUCAGUUACACCAUCUUAUUCAGACAUAAUGAAUGUCAGUACAACACUACACUUUUUCAAUGAAAAUCAUAAGGUCCUCACCUUGUCCUGUGAAUCUGUGUAGAUGUGGCAGGUCUGGUUGGCCUACUCAACCAUUUUUGAUUGAAUGUUGCAGAUUUAAAAAUCUUUGGUGGACAUAAUGGAAACAAAGGCAUCUGUGCAGCUGUAAGUGUUUAUAUUUUGAUGAGCUAGCAAUAAGGUUAUGUGAGGGAUGGAUAUUUCUAAGAACUGUGUCAGUCUUGCAGCUGUUGACCAUCCCUACAGCUAAACAAAUGUGAAGGAAACGCAGGGACAAUCACUUCUAAAGUAGAAUGAAAUAAGUGUGUCUUAGGAGAGGUAGAGAAUACUGUCUGUAUGAUAGGGCUCUUUUUGAGGGUUGAGUUUAAAUAGUGACAUAUGCUUUUAUAUGUGAAUAAAUGUUAUGUUUAUAGAAGAGUAAUGUAUUUAUUAUUAAAAGAAUAACUUUAAAGAACA